UUCUUUUGCCAGCCCAGCCUUCAAAGUAGUCAUAGGCUGGAAGAAAGUGAGGACAGCAUCUCGUCCAAGCUCUCCUUUUAUCAGUUUCUCAUGGAUGAAUUCCAGCCACUGCUUGCUCUACUUGGAGGCAUCUUUUGUUCCAUUUUCCUUCUAAAGUGUAUUUGGUUUUUGAAAUAUUUUCUUCCUUACAUAUGGAAUAUUUUGCCUCAAUCUUAUUUUCGUUCAAUGGGAGAAUGGGCAGUGAUAACCGGAGCAGGAGAUGGAAUUGGAAGAGCCUACUCCUUAGAGCUUGCCAGGCAUGGUUUAAAUGUGGUUCUGAUAAGCCGGUCACUCAAAAACUUGGAGAAAGUAGCCUGUGAAAUUGAACAAACUACUAGGAGAAUGGUGAAAAUCAUACAAGCUGACUUCACAGAAAAUGACAUGUAUGAAAACAUUGAAGAAAAUCUUCAAGGAUUAGAAAUUGGAAUUUUGGUUAACAAUGUUGGAAUGCUUCCUAAUCGCUUUCCACGCCAUUUUCUUAAUAUUCCAGAUAAAGAUAAGGACCUCAUUAACUGCAACAUCAUGUCUGUCACUAAGAUGACGCGAAUAGUUUUGAAACAAAUGGUGGCAAGAAAAAAAGGUCUGAUUCUUAACCUUUCAUCAGCCAUUGGCACCUUUCCUUGUCCUUUUUAUGCAAUCUAUUCUGCCUCUAAGGCUUUUGUGUAUACAUUUUCCAAAGCACUUCAAGUAGAAUAUAAGCCAAAAGGAAUUGUGAUACAGGCAGUGACUCCCUUUGCUGUUUCUACUCCGAUGAGCAUGAAUAAAGAGCCCAAUCUAAUCACCAAGACAGCAGAAGAGUUUGCUCGAGAGUCAUUGAGCUAUGUUAUGUUUGGUGAUGAGACGUUUGGAUGCUUAGCCCAUGAAAUCUUGGCACGAUUUAUACAGUGUAUUCCUUUUUGGUUGCUCCAGAGCAACAAAGUACAAGAAACUGUGAUAUGUCAUCUGGCGGAGCAUUCCAAAAGUACCUGAUAAAACCUUAUGCAUCUCAGUGUGAGCCUGCCUUGAUGAUCUGGUAUGAAUUAUAGCAGCAGUAAACUUGAUUAAUUGAAAGAUUUUCAAACAUGCAUAAAAAGAGCCCUUCAAUAUCUUUUAAAAAAAAUAUAAUGUACUAAUUUUUGCUUUGCUUGUCCAUUUUUGUUGCUUGCAUUAUUUGCUGAUAAAUAUUUUAAGCACUUUUAUUUCCACCAUGAUUUAUACUGUUGUUUUGAUUUUCACAAUGGCUUUAGUGGGAAAUAAUUGUGUACAAUUAUUUUGGGAAAAAGUUCACAGUGUAUUAGAUAUGAACAAAAGCAAAUGGGGUAAUAAAUAUUUAGUAUGUGUCUCAUCAGCAAAUCAGUCAAAUUAUUUGAUUUCAUUUGUAUGUGAAUAAAAGUAAUCAUUCAAACAAAAAAAAAUACUUUCCUUUUUAAGUAAUAGAUGUUUCACUCCAGGUAUCAUUUUAGAAGAAAUGGAGAUGCCUUUUUAAAUAUAGUACUUAUCAUCUGUAGUCCUCCUAUUUCUUUAAAAUAAUAUACACUCUCUUUGUUUUAUUUAACCAAUAAAUGGACUAAUUA